AUGGGCGUUAAGGUGGCCCGAGCCGUGCUAUUUUAUUACUUCAUCAUGGUAGAAACGAUUUUGUCCGUCGUUUUCAAUGCAUUCAGUAUUAUAAGGAUGGCAUGGCCUUCUUCGCAGACAUCGUUGGCACAAUGCUGGGAGCAGCUGAUGGUAAAGGUGCAAGAAAUUCAAGCUCUGUACCGCUGUGCAAUAGAAUCAAAGCGACCAUUUCAAAUUUUUUGGCUGUGGCUGUUCUCGCUGUCGAUAGCAUACUGCAUCUUUCUCACCUAUUUGGUUUUCUCUUCAACAAUAAAGUUCGUAGUGGAUAGGAAUCACUAUAUCUUCUACAGUUUGCGCGUAUUUUCAUACCUAUCGCAUACGACAGCUGGUGCUUCAUUCGCGCUAUUUUCAAUGUUGCUAAGAACUUUGAUAGUGGAAAUGAAAACAGUCAUUCGCCGGACCAACGUCACCGAAACUCAGUUGCGUUCUAUGAUACAGCUGUAUCGACACAUUCAACAAAUUAUAGAAAGAUGUUGUACUGUUUAUGGUUGGGUUUUGAUACUUAUUUUCUUUGAACAUUUCCUGAUACUAACGGAUCGAUCCUUUUUUGCGAUACGUAUGUAUCGUCUACCGAUGGGGUUCAGCUUCAAUCAAGUGAUCUCCAUGUCAAUGUCUUGGGUGUUUCCAUUAGCUUUGAAUGAUACGAUGCUUAUCGGAGCUUGCGUUGCAACGGAACGGGCGCUGCACGCGUUUGAAAAACAACUAUGCUCGUUACGCAAUGCGACAGUAGAAGAUGAUAGUGAUCUCGCCUUCAUGAUCACCAGUUUCGGUCUGUAUGUUGCUGAGCGGAAACCAAAGUAUCGUAUCCUGAAUUCAAUCAACUUAAAUUUUAGUUUGCUGUACGGGAGCUGUGGAGUCAUCGCUACCUAUUUAACUGUGUUUCUACAAUUCGACACUCAGAAUGUUUAA